AUGGGUUCUGCCACAAGAAGAUGGUUCUACCUGCCAGUGGGCUGCCUUGUGCUCAUCAGCCUGGUUAAUGCUGAUUUGGAAUUUCAAAAGGGAGUGCUGGCUCACCUCAACCCCGACAUCGUACCCUACAUGCAUCCCCAGUGUUGGAACACGUGCUCUUUGACACUGCUAGAUCUCAGCCAGCUGAAGACAGAGCGCAGUGCGGAAGCUUUCUGGGAAGUCAUGCUGUUCUUACAGAAAUCCGGGGUUCCUGGACAUUAUGAGGUCUUCACAAACAUAGCUCAGAAUUUCUGGAACAUGUAUAUAGAUUGCUUGAUUUCAUAUUCUCACGGACUGGGCAGGAGAUAG